AUGCGUGAUUGUUUUCUGUGGGGUCCGCGCAUGAAUGAUUCAAAUUUUCUGAUUUAUGUGGCAACAGAUUCCAGCGUAUUUUCAUGCGAUAUCCCCCGAAAUCUGAAAGAAGUUCAUACAGAUAAGAGAUAUCGUGAGAAUUUAGUAGGAACUCCGCGGCAUUUUGCCUCACAUAGUCUAAUAAGGGACGCAUCAGAAAAAGAUAUCGUACAUUCUGGUCUAGAACAUACAAUGGAAAAAGCAGCACGUGCCAUUAUGCAAACAGCCAUGAGAUUUGAUCUUGGACUUGAUAUUCGUACGACAGCUUAUGUUAACGUAAUUGAAAAAAUCUACAAAGUAUACGAAUCAGCUGGUAUCACAUUUGGUAGUUAA